UCAAUAUGGCGGCGUCCACAGGAGCCUGGGAGAACCGCUCAUGUCCGCCAACGGAGCCGUUUGGGGGCGCGUGCGGAGCCGCCUCCGAGCCUUCCCGGAGCAUCUGGCGGCCUGCGGGGCGGAGGCUACGGCGUACGGCAGGUGCGUGCAGGCCUCCACCGCCCCCGGAGGCCGCCUGAGGAAGGACUUGUGCGCGCGCGAGUUCGAGGCCCUGAGGAGCUGCUUCGCCGCCGCGGCCAAGAAGACCUGAUGGAGGCACCUAGGAAGGGCUGUGGGCACAGGCGCCUUGUACUGAUGACACACGGAGAGCUUUGGGGACUGAAAGAAGGUGUGGCUGGCGGCGGUCCUGGUGUUUAUGUUUCUUCUCGGCUUGAACCUUGGGCAGAGCAGGGUUUGUUUAUCGAUCUGAUUUCGAUUAAGAUGUAACAGAAACAGCAAUGAAUAUUAUUUAAUUCGGCAGUUUCAGGUUUUUAUACGCAAAGCAUGGUGUAUGGAACUGGUUUCUCCCAAGAACAAUGCAUCCUCAGCAUACCAGCCCCUCUCCCCCUCAAAAAAGCAAGUGGCAGGUCUGGACCAUAGAACUCUGCCAAAGGAUCCCACUUAAAACUGUUCUCACCAAGGGCCAGAGAAAUGGCUCAACAGUUAAGUCAAAAUUCAUUGCUUUCUUAGAGGACCCAGGUUCAGUUCCCAGCACCUACAUGGCAGCUCACAACCAUCUCUUAACUCCAGUUCCAGGGCACCCAACACCCUCUUCUUGCCUCUGCAGGCACCAGGCACACCCAUGGUACAGACAUGAAUGCAGGCAAAACAUAAGAUUAAAUAA